UCUCUCUCUCUCUCUCUCUCUCUCACACACACAGAGACCAGGCAAUCACUCUUUCUCACACAUACUCGACCGUUAAUAUAAUAACCAUGAAAAUGGCAACCAAAAGAAAAAAAUUCCUACUUUCUAAUAAAGAGGGAAACACAGAAUUGAGGUUCGGAGACUCCGAGGAACGCUUGCUGCCAUCAUCCUUCUGUUGACGGUGGCGGUGGCGCUCCGCCGUAUCGUGUUUAUCGAAUCUCCCGCAGUUUCUCUCUCUCUCUUCUCUCCAAAAAAAUUAUUAAUUUUAUCCAGCCACAGAAAUUAGAUACAUUUCACCUUGUUGUUUAGAGAUUAUAAAAUCGAAGGUGGGGGGCCCUUGAAUUUGCUUAAAGUAAUCGUUGGGCUCCGUUCUGAUCCACUGAAUUGAUUUUUUUUUUCGAUUGAUUUUGCCCUAGACAUUUGGGGCCCUUUUUUCUUGGAGAAAUAUUUGGCACUCAUAAAUAAUACAUACAUGUGUGUGUGUAAUUGUGCGUGCGUGUGUAUGUGUGUGUAAUUUUAUUUUAUGUUAUUUAUUAGGGAGACACCCAAACGUGAAAAGAGGGCUUAUUUUAUGGUCUGGAUCUGGCUGAACAUAUUGGAGAAUUAGAUACAAGCACUAAAAUCGCAUAUCCUUCACCGUUUAGUAGUGUCUACAUUCGUUCCGAAAACUUUUAAUUAGCCGGAGCGAAAAAAAAUGCAAUUCAAAUCUAUGUUUAGAGAUUCCAAGGGAAGAAAUGGAAAAGAUAAGAAACCGAAGCAACAAACUGAGAACCAGUUUGGGCUUAGCAAUAUAAAUUUCCAUUCUGCCCCCGAUGAAUCGUCUUCUUCAUAUCCGUUGUGCCACGAAAGCAUGUGGGCUAAUUUGCCACCUGAGCUGCUUCUCGAUAUUAUCGGCCGAUUAGAGGCCAACGAAACUACUUGGCCAGCUCGUAAGGCUGUGGUAGCUUGUGCAUCAGUUUGCAAAUCGUGGAGGGAAAUAACUAAGGAGAUUGUUAAGACACCCGAAGAAUGCGGUUUACUCACUUUUCCCAUGUCACUUAAGCAGCCGGGACCGAGAGAUUCUCCAAUUCAGUGUUUUAUUCGAAGAGAAAGGGCGACAUCGACAUACAGACUGUACCUUGGCUUGAGCCCUGCUCUCUCUGUGGAAGCAAGUAAACUAUUGUUGGCAGCGAGGAGGAUCAAGAAAGCCACGAAAACAGACACUCUAAUAUCUUUCACCGCAAACGAUUUCUCUCAAACCAGUGAUAACUACGCUGGCAGAUUGAGGUACACCCGAAGUUUCAAUCUUUCUUUCGUUUUCUCUUAU